ACUUGGCUUCGCGAGAGGGCUGUGUCUGUGGGCCGAGUUCGUUAGGCAGGGCAACGGCGAAGCAGGUUUUCCAGAAGUCAGGCGUCAGCCGGGCGCUGGAGGCUGACCCCUGAGAUGCGCUCCCGUGGAGGUGGGAGUGUCGGGAACGCAGGAAGGCUGUGUCUGUGACAUUCGGUGGCCGUGUCUCCUCUGUGUGUGCUACAAGCCUGCCUGCUUUUGGAGCCCUUGGCGCCCCUGACGUGCACCCGUGUGAAAGAGUGACGCUGGCAGUACUUAUCCCGACAUACGUUUGCUGCUUGUGCAUGCUUGGAUCCUGUUUAAGAGGUACAACACAGAAGAGAAAAAAUGGCCAUUGUACAUUCAGAAGGGAAGUUUGAGGUGCCCAGGGAAUCCAAGGAUAGAAUGCUAGAGCUGUAGUUACAGGCAGGCUCGAGCUUCCUGAUAUGGAUGCUUGGAACAAAACUGGGAUCCUCUGCAGAGCAGUUUUUGUUUUUUAUUUUUAUAUGGAGUUUUGUGUAGCCCAGGUGAUCCUGGUAAGCCUCUUAGGGGAAAGCUGUCCUCACCAUCCCAGAUUUAGUACACAUGGAAUGCUUUGCAGUCUUCAAAGGGAGUUGAAGCCCUCCGCACAAUCAUGUCUCAUGCACAUGCGCAUUUCUAGCCCAGGCACCACUUUUAGGAGGGCUCCUUAUUAGACAUUUCUGCCAAGACAUCCUUACUAAAGGGAACAGGAAUGACUCAAAGACAGCUGCAUCACCAGAAUCCACCCAGCAUGGAUGACAGCUCCCAAAAGCUGAGAACUGGGAGUAUUUAUUUGCACAGCCUGCAAGCAGUUGAACAGACUUGCCUUCUAGGUGUUUGAAAAAGGACUUAUCUUCAAAAUAGCACACUAAGAAAUCAGAAUUACCUCAGUGGGAAAUGAGUGACAGGUUCAAAUACCAUGCACCUAAGACUAAUUCUUAGAAGAUAUUUGGAAUUUGAAGUUAGAUUAGAGAAGGAACAAGAAGGAAUAUUACAGGAAAGAGAUGAUAACAUAUGACAAAAUGUCUAUUUUUAGCCCACAUACUUAUUUAUCUCAGCAUCCAAGAAGUUAUUCUACAGAGAAACCCUAUAAAUGUGAGGAAUGUGGAAAAGCCUUCAGACGAGCCUCACACUUAACUCAGCAUCAGAGUAUUCAUACUGGUGAGAAACCCUAUGAAUGUAAGCAGUGUGGGAAAGCCUUUAGUCGUGAUUCUCAGCUAAGUCUACAUCAAAGACUUCAUACCGGUGAGAAACCCUAUGCAUGCAAGGAAUGUGGAAAGGCUUUUACUCAAAGCUCACAACUUAUUUUACACCAUAGGAUUCAUACAGGUGAAAAACCAUAUAGGUGCGAAGAAUGUGGGAAAGCCUUUAUUCGAAGCUCACAACUCAGCCGACAUCAAAAAGUCCAUACUGGUGAGAAACCUUUUGAAUGUAAAGAAUGUGGAAAGGCUUUCACUCAGAAUUCACAGCUUACUCUGCACCAGAGACUCCAUACUGGUGAGAAGCUUUAUGACUGUAAAGAAUGUAGGAAGGUCUUUACUCAGCUUUCACAGCUUAUUCUCCAUAGAAGAAUUCAUACUGGUGAGAAACCUUAUGAAUGUAAAGAAUGUGGAAAGGCUUUUAUUUGUGGUUCACAGCUUUCACAGCAUCAGAAAAUUCAUAAUGGAGAAAAGCCAUAUGAAUGUAAGGAAUGUGGAAAGGCUUUUAUUCGAGGCUCACUACUUAUGCAACAUCAAAGAAUUCAUACUGGUGAAAAACCCUAUAAAUGUGAUGAAUGUGGAAAGGCUUUUAUCCGUGGUUCCCAACUUACUCAGCAUCAAAGGAUUCAUACUAAUGAAAAGCCUUAUGAAUGUAAAGAAUGUGGAAAGACCUUUAGUCAUGGCUCACAACUUACUCAACAUCAGAGAAUUCAUACCGGUGAGAAACCCUAUCAAUGUAAGGAGUGUGGAAAAGCCUUUAAUCGUGGAUCACUCCUUACUCGACAUCAGAGGAUUCACACUGGUGAAAAACCCUAUGACUGUAAAGAGUGUGGAAAAAAUUUUAGUCGGGGCUCAGAACUUACUCAGCAUGAGAGAAUCCACACUGGUGAGAAGCCCUAUGAAUGUAAGGAAUGUGGAAAAUCGUUUAUUCGUGGCUCACAGCUUACUCAACAUCAAAGAAUCCAUACUGGUGAAAAACCUUAUGAAUGUAAAGAAUGCAGGAUGGCCUUUACUCAGAGUUCACAUCUUUCUCAACAUCAGAGACUUCAUACUGGUGAGAAACCCUAUGUCUGCAGUGAAUGUGGCAAAGCCUUUGCUCGUGGAUUACUACUUAUACAACAUCAAAGAAUUCAUACUGGUGAAAAACCAUAUCAGUGUACAGAAUGUGGGAAGGCCUUUAUUCGUGGUUCACAGCUUACUCAACAUCAGCGAACUCACACUGGAGAAAAGCCUUAUGAAUGCAAGGAAUGUGGGAAGGCCUUUGGUCAUGGCUCUCAACUUACUCUACAUCAGAGAAUCCAUACAGGUGAGAAGCCCUAUGAAUGUAAAGAAUGUAGAAAAGCCUUCACCCAGAGCUCACAUCUUUCUCGGCACCAACGAAUUCAUACUGGUGAGAAACCAUAUCAAUGUAAAGAAUGUGAGAAGGCCUUUACUCGUGGGUCACAAUUAAUGCAACAUCAGAGAAUUCAUAGCAAUGACAAAUCUUUUGACUGUAAAGAAUGUGGAAUAGACUUUAGUCAUCAUUCACAAAUUUUUAUUUGAGUUAACUUAUUCUUUUCAAUUAUAGCUUUCCCUGGUCAUUCAUUAUCAGUAAAGAAUUCUUACAAAUGUGACUAUAGGAUUCAUAAAGUUCAGCAUUUGAAAAUUUAUGUGGGAGAAUAGAAAUGCUGAUAUAAUCCACAUAGGAAAGCCUUUUGUUUAUAACUGUAUUACAUUUUAGCAAAUUAAAAUAGAAAGUGAUUCUGUUACCAUGGUAUAGAAAGGUCUUUAGCAUAGAAAAUGUCUGUGUCAACGUUAUUGUGGUCCUAUCAGUUCACUUCCUUUGUGGCAUUUGUUAUAAAUAACCUUGCUUUGGUUUAA